AUGGCACUCCGACCAGCGAUUUGCCCUUCGAUUUUGAACGCAGACCUCGCCAAUUUGGCUGCCGAAUGUCGGAAGCUUCUCGCGGCAGGUGCUGAUUGGUUACACUUGGAUGUGAUGGAUGGUCACUUUGUUCCAAACUUGACAUUCGGCCAUCCACUUGUGGAAUCAUUGCGGAAGAAUCUCGGACCUGAACCAUUUUUUGAUGUUCAUCUCAUGAUUCCAUCUGAAGCCAAAAUGAAGGUCGGAUUUGCUUAUUAA